AUGAAGUUCCUUGCCACCAUCAUCCUCCUUACCUUCCUCGCAGCCACGGUCAUCGCAGGUGAUUGCAUGAAAGCACCUUUUCACUGCAAUGGUAUGUCUUUCACCUGUACCACCGCCAUUCUCGUCACCCUCUUCACCACUACAGCUUCGGCGACUGAGUGUACAGUACCUGUUCUCUGCACCCGUAGCGUCGGUAAAUCGCGGCUCAUAGCAAACAUACCCGGCUUUGAAGAAUUCGGCGACUCUUACAGCAGCAUCGAGUGUGCCCAGAGUCUUGUCGUGUCCUCUGUGAUGGGGAUGAAGACCUGCCCCGCUGUGCCAUCGGUGUCUCACCCCUUCCCCCAGGUCGUCACGAUAUCGUCCACACCAUACCCACCAACUACACGACCACCCAUCUCAGCAAGAACAACACGCACCCACCCAUACGGGUCGUCUGAACUGCGCGCUUACCAAGCUCCAGCGAUGGUUUCUUUCUCCGCCGUCCUCAUCCUAAGCUAUCCAUUACACCCACCUCCUUCACGCUCGCCAUCCUCCUCCACUCUGGCUAUCCUCUCCUCAGCACGACAGAAUUUAACAAGAUUACCCAAUUCUUUCGAACAAGGAAAAGAACUCGUUGGCUCUGUCAGUGUAGCGCGCGUGCGGCCCAGAACAUCUAAGGGCAUCACAGACCUGUUAUUGCCUCAAACUUCUAUCAACUUAAGUUGA